AUGCCGCCCGCCGCGCCCGCCCGCCUGGCGCUCGCCCUGAGCCUGGGCCUGUGUCUCGGGGCGCUGGCGGGGGACCCCGGGCGCGGCUGCGGGCCGUGCGCGCCGCCCUGCCUGUGCGGCCCGGCGCCCGGCGCCGCCUGCCGCGUCAACUGCUCCGGCCGCGGACUGCGGACGCUCGGACCCGCGCUGCGCAUCCCCGCCGACGCCACCGCGCUGGACGUGUCCCACAACUUGCUCCAGGCACUGGACGUCGGGCUCCUGGCGAACCUCUCUGCGCUGACGGAGCUGGACAUAAGCAACAACAAGAUUUCUACUUUAGAAGAAGGAUUAUUUGCUAACUUAUUUAAUUUAAGUGAAAUAAACCUGAGCGGAAACCCGUUGGAGUGUGACUGUGGCCUGGCGUGGCUGCCUCGCUGGGUGGAGGAGCGGCAGGUUCGCGUGGUUCGGCCCGAGGCGGCCACGUGUGCUGGGCCCGGCCCCCUAGCUGGCUGGCCCCUCCUCGGUGGCCCCUUGUCACGUAGCGGCUGUGGUGAGGAGUACAUCGCCUGCCUCCCUGACAACAGCUCGGGAGCCGUGGUGCCCGUGGCCUUCUCAGCUGCCCAUGAGGGGCCGCUGGCGCCCGAGGCCUGCGGCGCCUUCUGCUUUGUGGCUGGCCAGGGCCUCGGGGCCCUCUCGGAGCAGGGCUGGUGCCUGUGCGGGGUGGCCCAGCCCCCCAACACCUCCUCGGCUUGCCUGCCACUGUGCUCCAGCCCCCCGUUGCCUCUCGCCCCUGCCUGCGGGGGCCCCACCCUCCUCCAGAACGUCUUCCCUGCCUCCCCGGGGGCCGCCCUGGUGGGGCCUCAGGGACCCCUGGCCUCCGGCCAGCCAGCAGCCUUCCAUGUCACCGCCUCCCUGCCCGUCAGCUCCACACACUGGGACUUUGGUGACGGCUCCCCUAAGGUGGAUGUCGCUGGUCCUGCCGCCACUCACCGCUAUUCCCUGCCCGGGCGCUACCAGGUGACCGCUGUGCUGGCCCUGGGGGCUGGCUCUGCCCAGCUCGGGGCCGCGGUGCACGUGCAGGCGGCUCCCGCUGCCCUGGAGCUCGCGUGUCCAGUCUCGGUGCGCAGUGACGAGACCCUCAAGCUUGGCGUCCGAAAUCGUGGUGGCUCCGACCUGGAAGCCACCUACAGUAUUGUGGCUGUGGGCGAGGACCCCGUUCGAGUGGUACAUCCGCUCUGCCCCUCGGACACCGCCAUCUUCCCCGGUAAUGGGCGCUGCUACCGCCUGGUGGCAGAGAAGGCUGCCUGGCUGCAGGCACAGGAGCGGUGCCGGGCCUGGGCUGGGGCCGCCCUGGCCAUGGUGGACAGUCCCGCCGUCCAGCGCUUCCUGGUCUCCCAGGUCACCAGGAGCCUGGACGUGUGGAUCGGCUUCUCGGCCAUGGAGGGGGCCGAGGCGGGCCCCGCCGUGCGGAGCGAGGCCUUCAGCCUGGAGAGCUGCCAGAACUGGCUGCCCGGGGAGCCGCACCCUGCCACGGCUGAGCGCUGUGUGCGGCUCGGGCCCGCGGGGCAGUGCAACACGGACCUGUGCUCGGUGCCCCACAGCUACGUCUGUGAGCUGCAGCCCGGAGGUCCCGUGUUGGAUGCGGAGAACUUCCUCGUGGGAGCGCCCCCUGGGGACCUGCAGGGCCCCCUGAGCCCCCUGGCACAGCAAGAGGCCCUCUCAGCCCCCCAGGAGGCCGUCGAGGUGAUGGUGUUCCCCGGCCUGGGCCUGGGGAGGGAAGCCUUCCUCACCGCUGCCGAGUUCGGCACUCGGGAGCUCCGCCGCCCAGCCCAGCUGCGGCUGCAGAUGUUCCGGCCCGAGGGAGGAGCAGGGGCCCCAGGACGCAGCGGGGAGCCUGAGACUGCGUCCUCAGAGAGCCAGACUCGGCGGGUGCCCGCAUGCACCCCGGAGGGACCCUGGUGCCCCCGAGCCAGUAUCCCCUUGUCACUGGACACCCUCUGCCAGCCCCGUGCCUGUGCCAAUGAGUCCAUGCCAGGGCCCCCCGGGGCCUCCUGUGUGCUCUGGAAGGAGUUCCUGUUCUCUGUGCCGGCCGGCCCUCCCACCCAGUAUUCAGUCACCUUCCAUGGCCAGGAUGGCCCCCUGCUCCCCGGUGACAUCAUCACCUUGCAGCACGACGCUGGAGCCGGCGCCUUCCUGCACUGCUCGCCGGCACUUGGACCCCCUGGCCCCGAGGCGCCAUACUUGACCACCACGGCCUCGGCCUGGCUGGCCCAGCUGCCAGCCCAGCUGGAGGCGGCCCCGGCCGGCCCUGCCUGCGCCCUGCGGCUUCUCGCUGCCACGGAGCGCCUCACCCCCCUGCUCGGCGUGAGGCCCAACCCAGGGCUGCGGAGGCCUGGGCGCUACGAGGUCCAGGCUACGGUGGGCAACGGCGUGUCCACACACAACCUGUCCUGCAGCUUCGACGUGCUCUCCCCGGUGGCCGGGCUGCGUGUGGCCCAUCCCACCCCCCACGACGGCUACCUCUAUGUGUCCACCAACGGCUCAGCCUUGGUGCUCCGGGUGGACUCCGGCACCAAUGCCACGGCCACAGCCCACUGGCCUGGGGGUAAUGUCAGCGCACCCUUUGAGGCCGCCUGCCCUCCCACGGUGGCUGUCCUGGUGCCCAGCUGUGCUCUUGAGGCCAACACCACCCUGUUUGCGGUGCUGGCGCUGCCCGGGCUCCAAGAGGGCGAGCACACGGUGGAGGUGGUGGUGGAGAACGGUGCUGGCCAGGCCAACCUCAGCCUGCGGGUGAGGGCCGAGGAGCCCAUCUGCGGCCUGCGUGCCACACCCAGCCCUGAAGCCCGGGUGCUGCAGGGCGUCCUGGUGAGAUACAGCCCUGUGGUGGAGGCCGGCUCGGACGUGGUCUUCCGCUGGACCAUUGACGACAAGCAGUCCCUGACCUUCCACAACGUGGUCUUCAACGUCAUCUACCAGAGCGCUGCUGUCUUCAAGCUCUCGCUGACAGCCUCCAACCACGUGAGCAACGUCACUGUGAACUACAACGUCACCGUGGAGCGGAUGCACAGGAUGAGGGGCCUCUGGGUGUCCGCAGUGCCGCCCGUGUUGUCCCCCAAUGCCACGCUGGCAUUGGCUGCCCACGUGCUGGUGGACUCCGCCGUGGAGGUGGCCUUCCUGUGGACCUUUGGGGACGGGGACCGGGUGAUUGGCCAGUUCAAGCCUCCGUACAAUGAGUCCUUCCGGGUCCCAGACCCCACGGUGGCCCAGGUGCUGGUGGAGCACAAUGUCACACACACCUACGCCAUCCCAGGUGAGUACAACCUGACCCUGCUGGUGUCCAAUGCCUUCGAGAACCUGACGCAGCAAGUGCCUGUGAGCGUGCGUGCCGCCCUGCCUGCUGUGGCCGUGGCCGUGGGAGGCUGCGUCCUGGUGGCCGGCCAGACUGUGACCUUCGCCCCACACCCACUACCCUCACCUGGGGGGAUCCUGUACACAUGGGACUUUGGGGAUGGCUCCCCGGCUGUGACGCAGCACCAGCCGGAGGCCAACCACACGUACAGCGCGGGGGGCACGUACCGCGUCCAUCUGGAGGUCAACAACACGAUCAGCAGCGUGGCGGCGUGUGUCAGCAUCCGUGUCUUUGAGGAGCUUCGGGGCCUGAGCGUGAGCCUCAGCCCAGCCGUAGAACAGGGCAUGCCUGUGACCGUCAGCGCCGCCCUGGAGUCGGGUGACAACGUCACGUGGACUUUCGACAUGGGGGACGGCACGGUGCUUACGGGCCCUGAGGCCACGGUGGAGCAUGUGUACCUGCGGGCACAGAACUGCACGGUGACGGUGGGGGCGUCCAGCCCCGCAGGCCGCCUGGCCCUGAGCCUGCCCGUGCAGGUCUUCGUCCUGGAGGUGCUGCGGAUCGAGCCUGCGGCCUGCAUCCCCGUGCAGCCCCGCGCCCAGCUCACGGCCUACGUCACCGGGGACCCUGCACAUUACGUCUUUGACUGGACAUUCGGGGAUGGCUCCUCCAACACCACCAUCUCGGGGGACCCAGCGGUGACGCACAACUUCACGCGGAGCGGCACGUUCCCCCUGACGCUCGUCCUCUCGAGCCGCGUGAACAAGGCCCAUUACUUCACCAGCGUCUGCGUGGAGCCCGAGCUGGGCAAUGUCACCCUGUGGCCUGAGAGGCAGUUCGUGCGGCUCGGGGAGGAGGCCCGUUUGGCGGCUCGUGCCUGGCCCCCGUUCCCCUACCGUUACACCUGGGACUUUGGCACCGAGGACGGAGCCCGCGUCGGGGGCCCUGAGGCCACAUUUGCCUACCUGGCCUCGGGCUCCUACCUGGUGACAGUUGCCGUGUCCAACAACAUCUCUUCAGCCAACGACUCCGCGCUCGUGGAGGUGCAGGAGUCCGUGGAGCUCACGGGCGUCCGGGUCAACAGCUCUCGUGUGCUGGAGCUGCAGCAGCCCUACCUGUUCUCAGCCGUGGGCCGCGGGCGCCCCGCCACCUACCUGUGGGAGCUGGGGGACGGCGGGCUCCUCGAGGGCUCCGCGGUCACCCAUGCCUACAACAACACGGGCCACUUCACCGUCCGGGUGGCCGCGUGGAAUGAGGUGAGCCGAGACGAGGCUCGACUGAACGUCACGGUGCAGCAGCGUGCGCGGGGGCUCAGCGUCAAUGCCAGCCGCACGGUGGUGCCCCUCAACGGCAGCGUGAGCUUCACCACCUCCCUGGAGGCUGGCAGCGACGUGCGCUACUCCUGGGUGCUCUGUGACCGCUGCACGCCCAUCCCUGGGGGCCCCACCAUCUCCUACACCUUCCGCUCGGUGGGCACCUUCAACAUCAUCGUCACGGCCGAGAACGAGGUGGGCGCUGCUCAGGACAGCAUCUUCAUCUACGUUCUGCAGCACAUCGAGGGGCUGCAGGUGGUGGGCGGCGGGGGCGGCUGCUGCUUUCCCACCAACCGCACGCUGCAGCUGCAGGCCGCGGUCCGGGACGGCACCAACAUCUCCUACAGCUGGACCGCCCAGCGGGACGGCGGCCCGGUACUGGUCGGCAGCGGCAAAGCCUUCUCGCUCACCGUGCUGGAGGCCGGCACUUACCGCGUCCUGCUGCGGGCCACCAACAUGCUGGGCAGCGUCUUGGCCAACCGUACCGUGGACUUCGUGGAGCCUGUGGGGUGGCUGGCUGCGGCCGCCUCCCCAAACCCGGCUGCUGUCAAUGCCAGCGUCACCCUCUGUGCCGAGCUGGCCGGUGGCAGCAGCGUGUUUUAUACCUGGUCUCUGGAGGGAGGACUGAGCUGGGAGACCCUGGAGCCGUCCACUACCCACACCUUCCCCACCCCCGGCCUGUACCUGGUCACGGUCACGGCUAAGAACCAGCUGGGCUCAGCCAAUGCCACCACUGAGGUGGCUGUGCAGGUGCCUGUAAGUGGCCUCAGCAUCAGGGCCGGCGAGCUGGCGUGCAGCUUUGUGGCUGCCGGGUCUGCUGUGCCCUUCUGGGGGCAGCUGGAUUCCGGUACCAACGUGAGCUGGUGCUGGGCGGUGCCAGGUGGCAGCAGGCACGGCCAGCACAUUUCUGUGGUCUUCCGGGACGCUGGUGCCGUCUCCAUUCAGCUCAAUGCCUCCAACGCCAUCAGCUGGGUUAUGGCCACGCACGAGCUCACGGUGGAGGAGCCCAUCGUGGGCUUGGUGCUGUGGGCCAGCAGCAAGGUGGCCGAGCCUGGGCAGCUGGUCCACUUUCAGGUCGUGCUGGCCGCUGGCUCUGCCGUCAGCUUCCAGCUGCAGGUCAGCGGGGCCGUCCCGGAAGCCCUCCCCGGGCCCCGCUUCUCCCGCAGUUUCCCCCGGGUUGGGGACUAUGUGGUGAGCGUCCAUGCAGAGAACCACGUGAGCCGGGCUCAGGCGCAGGUGCGCAUCUUGGUGCUGGAGGCUGUGGGUGGGCUCCAGGUGCCCAACUGCUGUGAGCCAGGUAUCCCCACGGGCACGGAGAGGAACUUCACGGCUCGGGUACAACGAGGGUCCCGCGUGGCCUACGCGUGGUACUUCUCCUUGCAGAAGGUCCAGGGGGACUCGCUGGUCAUCCUGUCGGGCCGCGACGUCACCUAUACCCCUGUGGCCGCGGGGCUGCUGGAAAUCCACGUGCGCGCCUUCAACGAGCUGGGUGGCGUGAACCGCACGCUCAUGGUCGAGGUCCAGGACACCAUCCAGCACGUGGUGCUGCACAGCGGCCGCUGCUUUACCAACCGUUCGGCCCGCUUUGAGGCCGCCACAAGCCCUACCCCCCGGCGCGUGGCCUAUCGCUGGGACUUCGGGGACGGGGCCCCAGGGGAGGACACAGAGGAGCCCUGGGCAGAACACUCCUACCUGCAGCCUGGGGACUACCGCAUUCAGGUGAACGCUUCCAACCUGGUGAGCUUCUUCGUGGCCCAGGCCACGGUGACCGUCCACGUGUUGGCCUGCAGGGAGCCCGAAGUGGACGUGGCCCUGCCCCCGCAGGUGCUGAUGCGGCGCUCCCAGCGCAACUACCUGGAAGCCCACGUCAACCUACGCGACUGCGUCACUUACCAGACUGAGUAUCGCUGGGAGGUGUACCGUGCAGCUAGCUGCCAGCGGCCCAUGCGCGUGGCCCCUGUGGCCCUGCCCGGCGUGGACAUGAGCCGGCCCCAGCUGGUGGUGCCACGGCUGGCGCUGCCUGUGGGCCACUACUGCUUUGUGUUCCUGGUGUCAUUUGGGGACACCCCGCUGGCACAGAGCAUCCAAGCCAAUGUGACAGUGGUCCCUGAGCGCCUGGUGCCCAUCAUUGAGGGCGGUUCGUACCGUGUGUGGUCAGACACUCAGGAUCUGGUGCUGGAUGGGAGCAAGUCCUACGAUCCCAACCUUGAGGACGGCGACCAGACGCCACUCAGCUUUCACUGGGCCUGUGUGGCUUCAACGCAGAGUGAGAGUGGUGGGUGCGCCCUGACCUUUGGGCCCCGGGGAAGCAGCGUGGUUACUGUCCCCCGGGAGCGCCUGCAAGCCGGCGUCGAGUAUACCUUCAACCUGACCGUGUGGAAGGCAGGCCGGAAGGAGGAGGCCACAAACCAGACGGUGAUGAUCCGCAGGGGCCGGGUGCCCAUUGUGUCCCUGGAGUGCGUGUCCUGCAAGGCGCAGGCGGUGUACGCGGUGAGCCGCAGCUCCUACGUGUACCUGGAGGGCCGCUGUGACAACUGCAGCCGGGGCUCCCAGCGAGGGCGCUGGGCGGCGCGCACCUUCAGCAACGAGACGCUGGUGCUGGACGAGACGACCACGUCGACAGGCAGCUCGGGCAUGCGGCUGGUGGUGCGGCGCGGCGUGCUGCGGGACGGCGAGGGCUACACGUUCACGCUCACGGUGCUGGGCCGCUCGGGCGAGGAAGAGGGCUGUGCCUCCAUCCGCCUCUCCGCCAACCGGCCCCCGCGCGGUGGCUCUUGCCGCCUCUUCCCGCUGGACGCGGUCCGGGCCCUCACCACCAAGGUGCAUUUCGAGUGCACAGGCUGGCAGGAUGCGGAAGACGCAGGCGCCCCACUCGUGUACGCCCUGUUGCUGCGGCGCUGUCGCCAGGGCCACUGCGAGGAGUUCUGCGUCUACAGGGGCAGCCUCUCUGCCUACGGAGCCGUGCUGCCGCCUGGUUUCGCACCCCACUUCCAGGUGGGCCUGGCCGUGGUCGUUCAGGACCAGCUGGGCGCCGCCGUGGUCGCGCUCAACAGGUCUCUGGCCAUCGCCCUGCCCGAGCUCCCUAGUGACCUGCCCGGCGGCCCCCCGGACCUCACGACCUGGCUACACAGCCUCACAGAGAACAUGCUGCCUAGACUGCUGAGACAGGCCGACCCCCAGCCCGUCAUCGAGUACUCGCUGGCCCUCAUCACUGUGCUCAACGAGGCCAGCGCGGGGCCCGAGCAGGCGCCGGCCUCGUCAGCAGAGAUGGACGCCAGGCGGCAGCUGCAAGCCCAGAUACGCAAAAACGUCACAGAGACCUUGGUCUCCUUGCGGGUCAACACCGUGGAUGACAUCCAGCAGAUUGCCGCGGCGCUGGCCCAGUGCACGGUGUCCAGCAGGGAGCUCGUGUGCCACUCGUGUCUGAAAAAGACCCUGCAUAAGCUUGAGGGCAUGAUGCGCGUCCUGCAGGCCGAGACCGCGGAGGGUACCGGGACGCCCACGGGUAUUGCCGACAGCAUUCUCAACAUCACAGGUGACCUUAUCCACUUGGCCAGUGCGGACGUGCAGGGCCCGCAGCCCUCAGAGCUGGGCGCAGAGCCGCCGUCGCUGAUGGUGGCAUCCAGGGCCUACCACCUGUCGUCGGCCCUCAUGUGCAUCCUCAUGCGCUCCCGGGUGCUCAACGAGGAGCCCCUGACACUGGCCGGCGAGGAGAUCGUGGCGCAGGGCAAGCGCUCAGACCCGCUGAGCCUGCUCUGCCAGGGCAACGCCUCGGUUCCCGACUGCCACUUUUCCAUCCCCACGGCCUUCAGCGGGGCCCUGUCCAACCUCAGUGACGUGGUGCAGCUCAUCAUCCUUGUCGACUCCAACCCCUUCCCCUUCGGCUACAUUGGCAACUAUACCGUCUCCACCAAGGUGGCAUCCAUGGCCUUCCAGACACAGGCCGGGGCCCAGAUCCCCAUCGGGCGGCUGGCUUCGGAGCGCGCCAUCACCGUGAAAGUGCCCAACAACUCCGAGCAGGCCGCCCAGGGCCGCAGCACCCCUGCCGGCUCUGCCAUUGUCCAGCCACAGGCCUCCGUCGGCGUUGUGGUCACCCCCGAGGACAGCAACCCCGCCGCCGGGCUUCACCUGCAGCUCACCUACACGCUGCUUAGCGAACACUACUUGCCACGGGAGCCCGAGCCCUACCUGGCUGUGUACCUGCACUCGGUGCCCCAUCCGAAUGAGCACAACUGCUCAGCCAGCAGGAGGAUCGGCCCGGAGCAGCUGGCGGGCGGCGACCACAGGCCCUACACCUUCUUCAUUGCCCCAGGGACCAGAGACCCAGGCGGGACUUACUAUCUGAACUUGACCAGCCACUUCCGCUGGUCGGCACUGGAAGUGACCGUGGGCCUGUACACGUCCCUGUGCCAGUACUUCAGCGAGAAGGACAUGAUGUGGAGGACAGAGGGGCUCGCGCCUCUGGAGGAGACGUCGCCGAGCCAGGCCGUCUGCCUUACCCGCCACCUCACUGCCUUCGGGGCCAGCCUCUUCGUGCCUCCCAGCCACGUGCGCUUCGUCUUUCCAGUGAGUGGCACCGUGUCUCGGCCGCAUCCUGAGAAAAUAAGGCGUGGGCCGUGCCUCCUGGGCCUGAUGGCGCUGUCUCCCCAGGAGCCGGCCUCGGGUGUGAACUACGUCGUCCUGCUGACGUGUUCCGUGUGCCUGGUGACCUACGCGGUCAUGGCCGUGAUCCUGCGCAAGCUGGACCAGCUGGAUGUCAGCCGCGUCCGUGCGAUCCCUUUCUGCGGGAAGGGGGGCCGCUUCAAGUACGAGAUCCUGGUCAAGACUGGCUGGGGCCGGGGCUCAGGAACCACGGCACACGUGGGCAUCAUGCUGUACGGGGCGGAGGGCCGCAGCGGCCACCGGCACCUGGACGGGGACAGAGCCUUCCGCCGCAACAGCCUAGACGUGUUCCAGAUCGCCACGCCGCACAGCCUGGGCAGUGUGCGGAAGAUCCGCGUGUGGCAUGACAACAAAGGGCUCAGCCCCUCCUGGUUCCUGCAGCACGUGAUCGUCAGGGACCUGCAGACCGCCUGCAGCACCUUCUUCUUGGUCAACGACUGGCUGUCGGUGGAGACUGAGGCCAAUGGCGGCCUCGUGGAGAAGGAGGUGCUGGCAGCAAGCGACGCCGCUGUGCGGCGGUUCCGGCGCCUCCUGGUGGCUGAGCUGCAGCGUGGCUUCUUUGACAAGCACCUCUGGCUCUCCGUAUGGGACCGGCCACCUCGCAGCCGCUUCACUCGCGUCCAGCGGGCCACCUGCUGCGUCCUCCUCAUCUGCCUCUUCCUGGGUGCCAAUGCCGUGUGGUAUGGGGUCGUGGGAGACGCCGCCCACAGUGCGGGGCCGGUGUCCGGUCUGAUCCCGCCGAGUGCCGACACGGUUGCCGUCGGCCUGGUGUCCAGCGUGGUCGUCUAUCCCGUCUACUUGGCCAUCCUGUUUCUCUUCCGCAUGUCCCGGAGCAAGGUGACGGGGGGCCCGAGCCCCACCCCUGCAGGGCAGCAGGUCCUGGACAUGGACAGCUACCUGGACUCGUCUGUGCUGGACAGCUCCUUCCUGGCCUUCCCGGGCCUCCGUGCCGAGGCCUUUGCUGGACAAAUGAAAAGUGACUUAUUUUUGGAUGAUUGUAAAAGCCUGGUGUGCUGGCCGUCCAGCGAAGGCACGCUUAAUUGGCCAGACCUGCUGAGUGACCCAUCCAUCAUGGGCAGCGCCCUGCAGCGGCUGGCACGGGGCCGCCUGGGCUCAGAGGCGGACGGGCUCUCCCUGGUCAGCCCCUCCUCACCUGCCAAGUACUUCUCAGCUUCAGGCCUCGUCCGGCAGAGCCUGGCUGAAGGGGCCAGCAGCCUGGCCCUCACCCAGGGCGCGCGAGUGGAGACGGAUCUGCUCGCUGGCCUGUCCAGCGCUCCUGCGGAGAGGCCCGAGAGGACGGAGACGCAGUUGCUGCAGAGGCUGGGGGAGAGGGGGCUGCCCGCCGCGGGCCUGACCUGGGAGCAGCCCCGGUCGGCGAAGCCCUCCGGGACAGGUGUGCCCCGGCGUCCCCAGGACGCCCCUCCGUGCCCCUCCCCGUGGGCUGCCCGUCACCGGUCUCCCUGCCCAGGACGGGUGGACCAUCUGCGGAAGCGGCUGCUGCCGGCCUGGUGUGCCGCCCUAGCCCACGGGCUCAGCCUGCUCCUGGUGGCUGUGGCCGUAGGGGUCUCGGGCUGGGUGGGUGCCGGCUUCUCCCCCGGCGUGGCUGUGGUGUGGCUGCUCUCGAGCAGCUCCAGCUUCCUGGCCUCGUUCCUCGGCUGGGAGCCGCUCAAGGUGCUGCUGGAGGCCCUGUACUUCUCCUUGGUGGCCAAGCGGCUGCACCCCGAUGAGGAUGACACGCUGGUGGAGAGCCCGGCCGUGACCCCUGUGAGCGAGCGUGUGCCCCGUGUGCGGCCCCCCCACGGCUUCGCGCUCUUCCUGGCGAAGGAAGAGGCCCGGAAGGUCAAGAAGCUGCACGGGAUGCUGAGGAGCCUCCUGGUAUAUAUGCUCUUCCUGCUGGUGACGCUGCUGGCCAACCACGGGGAUGCGUCCUGCCGUGGCCAUGCCUACCGCCUGCAGAGUGCCAUCAAACAGGAGCUGGGCAGCCGGGCCUUCCUGGCCAUCACCCGGUCUGAGGAGUUCUGGCCGUGGAUGUCCCAUGUGCUGCUCCCCUACGUCCAUGGGAACCAGUCGAGCCCCGAGCUGGGGCCCCCACGACUGCGGCAGGUGCGGCUGCAGGAAGCACUGUGCCCAGACCCUGCUGGCCCACGUGUGCACACGUGUGCGGCAGCCUCGGGCUCCUUCAGCACCGGCGACUACGGCAUCGGCUGGGGCAGUGCUGCCCGCAACAGCUCUGAGACGUGGGCCUACUCCGCGCCAGACCUGCUGGGGGUCUGGUCCUGGGGCUACUGCGCAGUGUACGACAGCGGGGGCUACGUGCAGGAGCUAGGGCCGAGCCUGGAGGAGAGCCGCGCGCAGCUGGGCUUCCUGCAGCUGCACAACUGGAUCGACAACAGGAGCCGCGCGGUGUUCGUGGAGCUGACACGCUACAGCCCGGCCGUGGGGCUACACGCCGCUGUCACACUGCGCCUCGAGUUCCCCGUGGCGGGACAAGCCGUCACCGCAGUCAGCGUGCGCCCGUUCGCGCUGCGGCGUCUGAGCUCAGGCCUCUCGCUGCCGCUGCUCACCUCGGUGAGCCUGCUGCUGUUCGCGCUGUACUUCUCGGUGGCAGAGGUGCGCGUGUGGCACAGGGAAGGGCGCACCCGUGCCGCGCAGUCCGGAGCCUGGGCUCGGUGGCUGCUGGUGGCCCUGGCGGCGGCGGCGGCGCUCGUGCGCCUGGCCCAGCUGGGGGUCGCCGACCGCCAGUGGACCCGCUUCGUGCGCCGCCGCCCGCGCCGCUUCACCAGCUUCGAGCAGGUGGCGCAGCUGAGCACAGCGGCCCGCGGCCUGGCCGCCUCGCUGCUCUUUCUGCUCCUGGUCAAGGCCGCCCAGCAGCUGCGCUUCGUGCGCCAGUGGUCGGUUUUCGGCAAGACGCUGUGCCGGGCCCUGCCAGAGCUCGUGGGCGCGGCCCUGGGGCUGCUCGUGCUCGCCGUGGCCUACGCGCAGCUGGCCUUCCUGCUGGUCUCCUCCUGCGUGGACUCGUUGCGGAGCGCGGCGAGGGCCGUCUUGGUGCCGUGCCCUGGGUCUGGGCGCCCGGCCCUGUGCCCUGCCGAGUCCUGGCGCCUCUCCCCGCUGCUGUGCACCGGGCUCGGGGCCCUGCGGCUGUGGGGGGCCCUGCGGCUGGGGGCGGUCCUCCUGCGGCGGCGCUACCACGCGCUGCACGGGGAGCUCUACCGGCCGGCCUGGGAGCCGCAGGACUACGAGAUGGUGGAGCUGUUCCUGCGCAGGCUGCGCCUCUGGAUGGGCUUCAGCAAGGUUAAGGAGUUCCGUCACAAAGUCCGCUUUGAAGGGAUGGAGCCGCUGCCCUCCCGCUCCUCCCGGGGCUCCAAGUCCUCCCCGGAUGCGCCUCCGCCCAGUGGGGGCUCCGACGCCUCCCGGCCCUCCACCUCCUCCAGCCAGCUGGACGCGCCGAGCGCGGGCCUGGGCCGGCCGGGGCCACGCGGGGAGCCCGAGCCCUCUCGCCUCCAAGCUGUGUUCGAGGCCCUUCUGACGCAGUUUGACCGCCUCAACCAGGCCACAGAGGACGUCUACCAGCUGGAGCAGAGGCUGCAGCGCCUGCACGGCCGCAGGAGCACUGGGGCCCCGGCCCCCCCUGCCCCCCCUGCCCCCUGCCCCUCCUCAGGCCCGCGGCCUGCCCUGCCGGGCUGCCUGGCCCGGGCCCGUCGUGGCGUGGGUCCGGCUCCGGGCCCUGGCCCGGCUUCCCUGCGGGCUGAGAACAAGGUCCACCCCAGCAGCACUUAGCCCCGGGGGGCCUGGGCUCCGACCCCUUCCCCGGGGUGGCGGGCCUGUGGCUUCAUUCUGCUUUUCGGAGGGAGCCAGAGCAGACGCCGCUCAGUGUUAACUUCUGCCACCCUCAGGUCUCGGGCCAGGCAGAACAGCUGCACGGAGGCCCCCGGGGAGCAGUCGUCUCUCUGUGGGUCUCAGCACUUUAAGAAGCCGUGUGGGCAGCCAGGACCCAGGGUCCCCUCCCCGGCUCCCCAUGGGAGGACACAGCAGUAUUGGGCCGAGCGCCCAGCCUCCGAGAUGCUAAUUUAUUACCGGAGUCCUCAGGUACAGCGGGCUGUGCCCGGCCCCACCUCCUGCGCGGACAUCUCCCCUUCGCUAAGGAUCCAGGCUUCGGGGAGGGAAGCUGCACCUUCCGUCGUCCCCCCCCACUAAGUUAUUACCUCUCCUGCCCCCGCUCAGCGCACUCCCCUUCAGCCACCGUCUGUGUGUCUUUCGUCAAUAAUUUAUACGGGGUUAAAAAUGUAUAUAUUUUUGUACGUCGCUGUUUUUCAGUAGGGCCGAGGGGCCCGCUGCCGUGUGGAGGGACGCUGGGGUGGGAGGCUUGGUGGAAGGGCACAGCCCCCUCCUCGGCAGCUCGUCACCACCCCCCUCCCCGGGGUUCUCUGCCGGGGGAGGGGAAGCGAGAGGGCAGAGCCCAGACCUGCGGGUGUCGGGUCUGGGGGAGGACGGGGGCCGGCUCCCGGGGCCGGUGAGCACACGUGUGUGGUGGCGGGGGGGGGGGGGCCGGGGCCCCCCCCAGAGCAGCCCGACAGGCCCUGUACCACUUCUGUGGCCGCAGCUACAGCCUUGAUCCCACCCCCACCCGACGAAGUCAAAUAAACAAGCUGGCUGACUGCA